CGGCAAAUCGGAUAUCGAGCGACGCGAAGAAGGACUAUAAUCUCGGCAAGACGGAGGGAAGGUCGGCGGACUCGUCGCGCUGAAACAGCGCGACAUUGAGACGACGAAGGGACCAGCGCGAAAGUACGAGGUCACCGAGGGGGUGAACUUUGAAAAUGGACUCGAACGCGCAGUGGAACGACGCAGCCGACGCAACCCACUUUCUGACCUUCUACAAGAAUCUCCUCGGUAUAGUCGGGAUCUGGGUGUUGGACGAGAAGAGCGUCUUCUCGAGGACUCGAUGGUUCGUAUCGACGAUGGUGGAAAUGAGCACGGCGGUCACAUUGUCGCUGGAAGUGAUUCGACACUGCAAGGGCCACGAGGACGCCUUGAACGCCUUUCUGACCGGUUCAUCGUCGAUAGUCAGCAUAUCGAAGCUGUUGCUGCAUCGCGUGAAUUGGAGGUACAAGUUGCUGCUGGUGGAGGCUGUCGUUCACGACUGGACCUCCGUGAAGGAUCCGUACUCGCGCGACAUCAUGCUGAAGUACGCGCGCAUAGGUAGAUUCGGCGCGCUGGUAUUCCUGUACCUCGGCUUGGCGUCCUUGGUGUACUUCGCCUCGGUCCUCGUGUUCUCCAACGUCCACCUGCCGUGGAUCUCCGAGUGGCUGAUGCAUAAUCGCACCGGCGAGCGGAAACUGGCCCUAGCGGCCUACUGCGUGUUCGGGAAGUAUCUAUCUUCCGCUUACGUUCUCAUCGGAGCGCUGCAGCUGCUGCAGGUCUUCGUCGACUGCAUGUCGCACUGCGGCAACGACGGGUUCUUCUUCGAUCUCACGAUGCACGUGUGUGGCCAACUCGAGAUCCUCAGGACGAGCUUCACCGAGAUGAACGGCGACGAGAUCCUCUUGCGCGACAAGCUCGACGCGUUGUUGAAGAGACACCGCCAGCUCAUCUGUUUGGCGUAUUACCUGGAGAAGGCGUUCAACAUGGUCAUCCUGGCGCAGGUCUUGAUGAGCGUCAUUCUCGUGUGCGUCGAAGGUUUCCAAUUGAUCCUCAUGCUCACGAUCAACGACGUCUUCAGCGCGGCCAAACACGUGCUUUUCAUGGCCGUGUUGUUGGUGCAACUUUUCCUCUACUGCUUCGCGGGACAGACGUUGGAGCUGCAAUCCGAGGGGCUCGCCUAUGCGAUCUAUGAGUCAAGGUGGUACAGUUUUGACGUAAACGUGAUAAAGGAUCUGUCAUUUGUGAUUCUCCGGGCGAGCAAACCUCAUCAGUUGACCGCGGGCAAGUUUCUGGCGAUAAAUUUCAUGAGUUUCAAGGAGAUUCUCAAAGCUUCCGCCUCGUAUCUGUCGGUAUUAAGAGUGAUGUUAGAAACGUGAGAGCGUGCAAAUUAUUCUCGAGUUCACGACAUCUCAUGACGUUGCCUCAAACAGCUUUGAGCGCUUUAUCUUCAGAC